GUCAAGUGUGCCGAGUUUCUCUGGGUUAUUUUAAUUAAAUUAAUAUUCUAUUGACUAUAAAUCCUAAUAAUGUCUGAAAAUAUUAGAAAUUUAAAGACACACACGUGUCGAAUAUGCCUAUUUAUGACUGAUAAUGUAGAACAAUUUGUGUUCUUAAAUGAAGAUAGUGUGUGGUUCGAACGUUUUGAGUUUUGUUUUGGUAUAAAAUUAUCUGCUCAAGACCAACAACAAGUAAUAUGUUUAAUGUGUUCCAUAGACAUAAAGAAAUUUAUAUGUUUUAAAGAGAAAUGUCUACAAUCACACCGACUAUGGGAAUCUUUGACAUCAGAUGCAAGGUGUAAUAUUGUUAAAAUUAAUUGUACUAACAAUACCAAAGAAGAUGAGGUUAAAAUUAAAUCAGAACAUUUGGAUACAGCAUCUGACAAUGACCAAAACUUCUUACCUGAUGAUGAUAAUAAUAUGAAUGAUUUCAGCGAGAUUAAAAUGAAACACAAUCAAAAUGACAAUUUAAAACAAUUGAAAGAUAUAGAAAUAUUGAAAAAUCUCCCAAAGAUUAUACAAAAUAAUAAAACUGAGUUGACUGAGAAUAGAAUAGAAUUGAUUGAUAAUGCAGAAAAAGUAGACAAAAAAUGGUUACAAUGGGGCUCUUACUUUAAACAUGUAAAUAGGUGUCAAAGAAAGAGAUCAAAAGAAGUUAAAGUGUGGAUCACUCCGGACUUUGUUUUUAACUGUGGGAAAAAAUAUGAUGGUAAUGUUACUGUGAAAAUAGAUAGUGAAAAUAAAACGUAUACGCAAAACAAUUUAACGAAAAUUCAGAACAAUUCACGUUAUUCAUGUGGUCUCUGUAGGAAUAGUUUUGAUUACAUACAGGAUUUAUUUAAACAUCUGAACGAACACUGGGAGAAUAAUGACUUGGCGUGUCAACUAUGUGAUUUUGUUGGCGUCGACUUAGCAGCUAUAGCGGCACAUAGAUAUUACCACUACCCACGAGAAGGGAAAGUGCAUUAUUUUUGCCACAUUUGUAGGCAUACAUUACCAUCUUUGCUGUCAUUGCACUUCCAUUACCGGAAGAUUCAUUUGAGAAUGGCUGGUGGAUAUUGCGCGCCAUGUAACAAGGAGUUCCCUAAACUAGCGUUCUGGAAGAAACAUGAAAAGACGAAACACAGUGCUCCUAAAUACAUCUGUGAUAUCUGUGGAAAAGGAUACAUUUUCAAGUACUCUAUAAGGGAUCACAUGAUGAAUAGUCAUUUGGGAAUAAAGCAGCAUAUUUGUGAUAUUUGCGGGAACUGUUUUAAAAACAAAAAAUAUUUAGAGCUUCACAUAAACGUAGUACACACAAAAUCAGAACCAUUAAAAUGCACACAUUGUGAUAAAAUGUUCAAGAGUUACCAUACAUUACAUGUUCACCAAAAGAAAAUUAGCAUGGAGAAGAAUCAUAAAUGUGGAGUGUGUCAGAAAGCAUUUACGAACAGCAAUAGUUUGAGCGUGCAUAUGGCUAUGCAUAGCGAUGUACGACCGUAUAGCUGUGAUAUUUGUGGAGCCAGCUACAAGUACAAAACCCACGUCAAAGUUCACAUGUACAAGCAUACUGGAUUUCAUCCACAUAAAUGUUCUCAAUGCACCAAAAGAUUUGCGACUACGUCACAAUUAAAAAGGCAUUCUUCGGUUCAUACUGGCGUUCGUCGACACGCUUGCAUCGCUCAGAAUUGCAUAAAAACAUUCCAUUCGAAGAAACUCAUGUUGACGCAUUUACAGUCAAGACAUAAAAUUGAAAAUGCUGAACCGAAGUGA